GUACCUACUAGACAUAGCCUAUCUACAAGACAAAAACACACUGACAGUUUUCGCAUUCGGGAAAGGGACUACCGGAGUAUGCCCAACACACGCACAAUGGUUCAAGUUCCUUUUGCUGGUGUUUUUUUGCUUCUGCUGUAUUUCUUAACGGUUUCUGUGGUGGAUGCCGGAGAGCAGACAGAGUUGAGGAGACAAAAGAGGGAAUGGCUCUUACCUCCAGAGAGACUGACUGAAAAUGAUGAUCACACGCAGAAAGACUUCAUCGCUAAAAUUCGGUCUGAUGAGGAAGUCAGGACUUUGAUCGAGUACUCUCUGACUGGAAAAGGGGCAGAUGAACCACCUGUUGGUGUGUUUACUGUCAAUCGCCAAAAUGGCAAAGUCCGAGUUACAAGAAUUCUAGACAGAGAGGAAAUCCCAUUCUACCAUCUGAAAGGUGUGGCAAUGUUCAGGAAUAAUACCCGUGCAGAGAAGGACAUUGACCUUCGCAUUUUUGUGGUGGAUCAAAAUGACAAUGAUCCGGUAUUUUCUUUUGAGCAACACGGAGAGGUCAAUGAAUCGAGUCAAGCAGCCACUUUGGUGAUGACUGUAACUGCCACAGACGCUGAUGACCCACAAACGCCUAAUGCACAGAUUGCUUACAGUAUCGUGGGGCAGAAACCAGGUGGACAAAAUAUGUUCUACAUUAACCAGAAAACUGGCCAAAUUUACGUCCAAAUGAACACUCUGGACAGAGAAAUUCAAAGUUCCUACACGUUGAUAAUUAAAGGCACAGACAUGAAUGGUGCUCCAGGAGGCAGAACCGGGACGGGAUCAGUUGUGAUCGACAUACUGGAUGUCAACGACAACUAUCCUACUAUGGAGAAAUCUCACUACGAAGGAACCGUUGAGGAGAACACGGCCAAUGUGGAAGUUAUGCGGAUCAAAGCCUUAGACGCUGACUUGGAGUAUACAGUCAACUGGCUGGCGCAUUUUAUUAUUAUUUCGGGAAACGAAGAAGGAUACUUCAGCAUCAAGACUGAUGAAAAGACCAACGAGGGGAUUGUGAUAUUAAUGAAGGCCCUGGAUUACGAACAGAUUCAAGAGAUCAAUCUCAAAGGGAGUGUGAACAACAAAGCACCCUACCACCCAAGCAUACCUGAAGAUAGGGACAUCAGAAACUUCUCCAUCAGGGUCAAAGUCCAGAACCAACUAGAAGGUGUACAAUUCAUACCAGCAGUGAAAACCAUCAACAUUUCUGAGCACAGUGUGAAGGUGGUUUUGAAUAAAGUCAUCACGAGAUUCACAGCCAUUGAUAAAGACACGUUAAAGACUGUUCAAAAUGCCAGGUAUGUAAAAGGCGAUGACCCCGGUAACUGGCUGAUUAUUGAUGAGGAAACCGGAGACAUUAAACUCAACAAACUGCCCGACAGGGAGUCCAAAUUGUUGGUUAACGGAGUAUACAAAGCAACAAUAAUUUGCUUCAAAAAAGAUCUGCCAUCAAUGUCUACCACUGGUACUGUGUUCAUCCACGUGGAGGACUUCAACGAUCACUGUCCCACACUCACCAGCACUUCCCAGAGCACCUGCGCCUCGAACCCAGUCAUGUACGUCACUGCAGUGGACGAGGACGCCGCCCCCAACGGGGCUCCAUUUACCUUCACUGUUUUGCCUGAAGGCACAAAAGGGAAAUGGGUUAUGGAGAAAAAAAAUGACACCACUGCAAUCCUAAGACCCCAUGACCACCUCUGGCCCGGCAGCUAUCGAGUGGCAGUUGAAAUAAAAGACCAGCAGGGGAAGGCGUGUCUCGACGAACAGGUGCUGGAUGUGAUGGUCUGCACCUGCGAAGAUGGUGAGGGCGUGGUAGCGUGCGGAAACAGAGAAACGCCCUCAGCCGUCUUUGGAGCCCCAGGGCUGGGCCUGCUGCUGCUGGGUCUACUGCUGCUACUGUUGGUGCCCCUCCUGUUGCUGUUCUGUACCUGUGGAGGUGAAGGAAUUCGAACCAUGCCUUAUGACACAAAACAAUAUCUGAUUGAAUACCACACAGAAGGACAGGGGGAAGACACAGAACCUCCACUUCUUAAUAUGCCAGUGGAGGUUGAUGGCCCUUGUAAUACUAUUAUCAGUGGAACUGUAGGGAACCUUGGGGUGAAGGAGGGUUAUGGGGGGGCAGGUGGAGGUGGCAGGUGGAGCAGGGGGCAGGUGGAGGUGGCAGAUGGAGCAGGGGUUGGGGCAGGCAUAACUGUUAAAACGUCACAAGAUACGUGGGCAGGUCACAGUGAACAUGUUAAAUGGUUACAAAGUAUAUGGGGAGGUCACGGUGGAAGUUUUAAAAUAUCACAGUAUAAGACACCAGGUUACAGUGAAUGGGUUGGAGGAGACAGGAAAAACGUUUUCAUACACUCAAGAGCUGAAGGGGCCUGUGAUGGAAUUGCUCUCCCAGAUGUGCUUUUGGAAGAGUACUACUCACAGAAAGCAAGCUUUGCACAACAGUCCGACUCCAAUAAAGACGGAUUGCUGGUCUACAACGAUGAGGGACAAGAGUCUCCCGUGGGAUCGGUAGGGUGCUGCAGCCUCCUUGAAGAAGACAAUGACCUGGAGUUCCUGAACGACUUGGGCCCCAAGUUCAAAACCCUGGCUGAGAUCUGCAGGGGGUCGAUGGUAGAGUCGCAGGUUUCCUUCAGCCCCCCUGUGCCUAAGGUGGACUUUGGCGCCAUGUCGCCAACCCACGCCGAGGUCAGUUCAGUAAGCUUGCUGGCCGCCAGCAAGCUCAGUGUGGCCCAUGCAUCCCAGUCAACGCACAUGCAAGAGACCGUUGUCACAGGGAGGGGUUCUCCUGCCCCCUCUGUGCCCGGCGUACGCAUCAGUGAGAACGUGGUGGUCCCGAAUCAAACAUACCUGAUUCAGCCGCAGCCUGUGUACCUCGCCACUGCGCCGGUCCUGCAGGCUCAACGCACUGUGCUGGUGUCCGAGAGGCCCAGCCUGCAGGGCUUGUACGUGGUGAGCGACGUCCCUCACCCAGAGGGCAUGGUCAUCAAGGAAGAGAGGGUCGGCGGCGUGAACGUGGGGGAGAACGUGGUGCUGGUGGAGCGGAAGAUGGGAUCAGCCCACGUGGUGCGAGAGGGGGAGGCCGGGCUGAACCAAGGCCUUCUGCAAGUGGGGAGUCUGCCCAGGUCUCAGAACGUGCUGGUCGUGGAGAGGCAGGUGAUUAAGGAAGGCCAGUCAGGGCCUGCACACGGGUCCCUCCAGAGAGGCACCCUUUCAAAAUCAUGGGACUUACUGAGUAACACCAUGGAGAACCGGCAGGUGCUACAUGAAGGUGUGGUGGAGUUAAGCAGAGAGUCCUUCCAGGCAUAUGAACUUUCUACCCCCUCAAGUGAAGACAUCUGAGAGGGGAGCAUCUCUGCAGUCUCUGGGUUACAAAGUGGAGCAGUGGAGCUCCAUGUGGCAGCGCCACCACAUGGUCACAGGUGGC